ACUGACGGCAAACGACGGGUAAUCGUGUAUUGUUAAUGUGUCGCGUGUUCGACGCUGAUUUGAUUCAAGGUGUCUGGUCAAUGAAGUCUAUACCGUAGUGAGAAUGUUUCUUCAAGUUGAGGGCAGAUGUUUUGCGUGCGGUGGUGCGGUGCUAGGCCUAGUUCAUGAGGCCGACAAUGUUUUUGACAAGUACGCGAUUGCUGUUGUGAAAGGAGAAGCACCGCGCUGCAUCGUCGGACAUUUACCCCAAGAGAACUCGAAGAUAUUUCAUUUCUUUUUGAAACAAAAUGAAUUAUUGAUGUUCAAACAACCAGCAACAAACGAAGGAACAGCAAAAUAGCAGGAGGCUUGGAGAUACCCUGCACAUUAACUUGUUCCUCUACAAAUAAAGAACUUAUUGACCGUUUGAAGCAGCUUGUUUAGUUAUUUGUGCCAAACGUGCUGGUGAAGUUAAACGAUGACCAAAAUCGAUUCUAAGUUCUUUGUCUUCCUUCUUGCCAUUCUAAUAGCAUAUCUUUUGUUAAUAAUGAAUUGGUCUUCAUCCUUCACGCCUACAAUGUUUAAAACACAACAAUCGCCAGAAAUAAGGGUCAUCGUCACGCUUAAACAAUCUAAUGAUUCAAAAACAUCUGAGGAAAUACAAAGUAAAAGAGGAAUGACCAUCGACGAGUUAAUGAAGAAAUACUCAACUAUAAAUGAAAGGCGAAUUGACUAUACACGAGAAAUGUGUCGCAAACAUCGAAGUACUAUCCCAAAGAUGAAAACACUUCCAAAGCUACUGGUGAAUGAGAAACAUAAGAUUGUUUACUGUCAAACGCCUAAAGUUGGUACAGUUAGUUGGUGCAAAAUUUUUUUGACUCUUUCUGGAUAUAAAAAGUAUUCAGAGGUGCUAAAUAUGACUGCUUCGCAAGUGAGUGCCGCAUGGAAAAAGCACGUACCUCAAUUAUCUAAUUUUUCUACAGCAAAACAGAAGGAAAUAAUGUCCAGCUACACCAAGAUAAUGUUUGUCAGGAACCCUUUAACACGAUUACUGUCAGCUUACAAUGAUAAGUUAGUUGCAAAGAAUGCAAGUGACUACAACUUAUCAUCACAACGCUCUAUGAGCCGAAAAAUUAAAAAAAAAAUCAGGCCAGGAUAUACCACCAAAAAUUAUGAUCCAACAUUCGGAGAAUUUAUUAAAAUGAUCGUUUCCAAAGAAAACUAUAUUUCCAACAUCCAUUGGAGAAACAUGCUUUUAAUAUGUUAUCCGUGCGAAAUUGAUUAUGAUGUCAUAGGACGAUUUGAGGAUAUUGAGAAUGAUUCAAACUAUAUACUAAAUCGUGUCGGAGCUGAUCUUAAGUUUCCAGCAUCAACUGGAUUCCAUUUUACAAAUAGUUCAAAUUUUGAAAAGGUUAAAAAAAGCUAUGCUAACAUUCCAGAUUCAGAUCUUGUUAGUUUAUAUCGGAAAUAUCAAAAUGAUUUUUUACUGUUUGGUUAUAAAGCAAAAAUGGAAUUUUUAAUAUAAUAAUGAUAAUAAGAAGAAUAAUAAUAACAAUAAUAAUAAUAAUAAUUGUAUCGUUCACGAUAUGGCAAUUGCGCCCUCUAUUUCAUUUUAAUACAUUACAAAGAU